CUGGAGUGAGCUGUGGUCUGUAAACUCGAGCUGUGAGAGUGCUGAGACUGUUGGGUUGAUAUCUCGAGCUAUACCAAUCCAAUUAAGGCGUGUGAGAUACCACAAGAAAUCUCUCAAGACGAGGAAUCCGUGAAGGUCUGGUUUGCAUCAAUCGGAGUAGUGGAAGGCUUCCAAAUCGUCCGAGAAAAACACAACCUCGCAGAAACGGAUCUACUCUUCUAAAGAAACGUGUUCACCGGAAAACACCCAUUCUAGGGGCUGUUUUCGUACCAACGUUUAGGGGUUGAGCUAGCGCUUUGAAGAGGCUGUUUAACACUCAUAUUUGAGCAAGGAAUCAGUUCCAAAUCCACCUUGACCAAAGUCUUGACCAUUGGACCAAGAAGGGAUAGUUUAAAGCUCAAUUGAGGUGAGGAUGACCGACUAUAUUGCUUAUAAUCCUUGGGUUAAUUUCAUAAGAUUACCUAAGAUAACUAAAUGUGAUUUUCAUGGAUUAUUAAUGAUUAAUAAUGCCUAAUGAAAAUAUUGUUGUUUAUUAAUAGAAGAUGCAUAAUAUACAAAUUUAUGAGUAAAUGGUGUAUAGUUAUGCAUUGUAAGAAUGAUGAUAUGAUGAAUGUAUAAAUCAUGAAUUUUUGUGAUGAAAUAUACUUUUACUUCAUGUAUAGAAAUCAUGAAUGGAUAAAAGUGAUAUUUUUGAUAUUGAGAUUAAAUCAUAUAUAGAUUGUGAGAGAGGUACACCUUAAGUAGUCUUAUGAGAUGUCUUAAGGAGUGUGUCACCACUGCUUCAUACUCCAUAUGAGUAGUCUUAAGUAGUCUUAUGAGAUGUCUUGGAUUAUGGAGUGUGUCACCACUGCUUCAUACUCCAUAUCAAUCAAUGGUGUUCUUCAUGGCCAUUUUGAGGGUAAAAGAGGGCUUCGGCAAGGGGACCCUAUGUCCCCCCUCUUAUUUGUUCUAUGCUUGGAGUACUUAUCCAGGCUAUUGAAUGAUAGGACCAAAAAUCCUAUGUUCAAGCACCAUCCUUUGUGUGGAUCACUUAACAUUUCACAUGUGGCAUAUGCUGAUGAUUUGAUGCUUUUUUCUAGAGGUGAUACCACAUCUAUACAGAUUCUCACAGAUGUUUUGGAAGAUUUUGGUAACAUAUCUGGCCUUAGGGUCAACUAUGAUAAAUCAAAUAUCUUCCUUGGUAGUAAUGCAUAUUAUGAGCUUGACACUAUACUUGAACUGGUGGACUUUAAAAUUGGUGCAUUCCCGGUCAAAUAUCUUGGGGUCCCUCUGGCGCCCUUAAAGUUAUCUGUGGCCCAGUAUGCACCCCUUUUGGAGUCCAUCACCACUUUUAUUAAUGCUUGGAAUCUUAAGUCUUUAUCUUAUGCAGGCUGAGUUGAGCUAGUCAAGUCGGUUAUACAGGGUGUACACUCUUUUUGGCUACAAAUGUUUCCCAUCCCUAAUGUUAUUCUUGACAGGAUUACAUCCAUUUGCCGCAUUUUUCUUUGGGGAAGUAAAUUCGCUAGGGUCGCAUGGGCGGAUAUUUGCCUCCCGAAAGAAGAAGGCGGACUUGGUAUACAUGACACGAAGGUAUGGAACAAGGCUCUACUUUCCAAAACUUUUUGGGAUAUACACACUAAAAAGGACACACUUUGGGUCAAGUGGGUACAUGGGGUUUAUCUAAAGGGCAGGAGUGUGUGGGAGUUUGUCCCACACGAAAGAGAUUCACAACUAUUUAAGAAGAUUGCACUAAUCCGAGAUGAAAUACUCUCCAAAUUCCCGGACAUUCCGAGCGCUAUACUUGGCCUAAAUGCUCUUCAGUUCAAUGGCAAGCUUGUAUCCUCCAAGGUUUAUAAUUUGCUUAGGACUAGGGCUGCCACCCGUGUGUGGAUGCCAUUUAUUUGGAAAGAUUACAUCCCUCCCAAAUUUUCCUUUAUUACUUGGUUGGCAUUCCGGAAUAGGUUAGCCACAUGUGAUAAUCUUCAUAGAUUAGAUGUGGAUAAUACUUGUGUAUUGUGCAAGGGUGGACCGGAAACGGUUCCACACCUCUACUUUGAAUGCCCUUUUUCAGGUAAGGUCUGGACUAUGAUGAAAGCUUGGAUUGGCAUUCCACGGAUGAUGGGGACCCUAGCUAGCUCGGUCAAAUGGAUCAAGAAGGAAAGGAGCGGAGCUAAUGUGCAAGCCAAGGCUGCUAGGAUUGCUUUCUCUUGCACCAUUUACUGGAUUUGGAGAGUCAGGAAUGCAGCUAGAUUUGAUGGAUUUUUGCCUAAAGAGGAGGAUGUUUUUGCUAGGAUAAAAUAUAUUGUCUUUCAAAUUUUGUAUAGCAUUUAUCCUUGUGAUUUGGUAGUACUUUCAUAACUGUCCGCCCAUCACCGUUUCUGUUUGUGAUUGGUCGUGAGGUAGUAUAGGGGGGCUGCUAUGGCUCCCUUAUUUUGGCAGGUGAUGGGUUAUCCAAUAUUUGGAUAGCCUACGUUUUUGCUCAUAUUUUGGCUGUACAGAUAAACUCUUUGGACGGUUUCUAAUAUACUUACAUGUUAUCCAAAAAAAAAAAUGAGAUGUCUUAAGGUAGAAAUGGGUAAACGCUAAGUUACCGUAGGAGUAGGCCUCAAAGGCUACUCAUAAUAGAGGAACUCUAGGCAUAGAACUUGCUUAGUGAACUAGUAUCGUGACUAGAGGAAGCCUCUAGCACGAUGAAGAAUGACUGGAGGAAGCCUCCAGCAUUCGUGUAGGACGACUAGAGGAAGCCUCUAGCGUAACGUGAUGUGACUGGAGGAAGCCUCCAGCACAACGUAUGUAAGGUGAUUAGAGGAAGCCUCUAACACCAAGUGGAGUGACUAGAGUAAGCCUCUAGCACGACAAAACAUGACUAGAGGAAGCCUCUAGCAUGGUAAACUAAUAUAUAUGGGUGUGGCUUGAAGUCACGGGGAAAGGGUUAAAUGUUUUCAAAGUAAACAUGGGCCUUCGGGCGACUACUUGACUUUAUAUAUAAAGUAAGUAUACUUUUAAAGAGGGUAACCACGGGUUAUGACCUAUAAUAUAAUAACAUCCUAGAUUGAGGGUCUUGGAAAUUGAAACUUUGAUUAUACUUAGUAUAGUUGUCAUUGUACUUGUC